AUGCAUUAUACAAAAGUUCACCUAAAACCAAUAAAGCAGCUCUGGGAAGAUUUUGACUCUAGACAACGAGCUAGGAAGCUUGCGGGUGAGAAGAAUGAAUUGGAAAGUCUAUCAGUCAAUAGUGAUUUGCCUACAAUAUUAUUCUCAAGUUGGUUGCCAAGUUUCCAUGAUGAGUUGCUGCUUUAUCUUGAACAAGAGUGGAAGUGUUGUAUGGUCGCUUUUCCUAGUGAUUAUAAAAUUCUUGUACCAAAGCUACUGAUUGAGACAAUGCAAGCUAUAGGCCCAAGCUUUGUUUCCGGUAUCAAUCUUGCCACUGGAGAUGUUGUCCCUGAAACAAAAGUACUUGCGAAAGGCAUAUUAGAUAUUUUAUCUGGAGAUAUGCCAAAGGGUAUCAAGAUUCAGACUAAGCAUCUUGAGGCCCUUAUUGAAUUGCAUAACAUGACAGGGAGCUUUGCAAGGAAUAGUCAGCACCUAUUUUCAGAAUCUGAUCUUCGAGUUUUAUUGGAUACAAUGAAGGCAGUUUACCUUCCUUAUGAAUCAUUUAAACAGAGGUAUGGCCGGAUGGAACGGGCCAUCCUGUCUUCUGAGAUUGCUGAGGUUGACCUAAGGGGAGCUGUCACUCAUGGUGUGGGAGCCCAAGGAAUUGAACUAAGUGAAACAGUUCGGAGAAUGGAAGAAUCUAUUCCCCAAGUUACUGUACUUCUUGAAGCAGCUGUGGAGAGGUGCAUUAACAUUACUGGUGGCUCUGAGGCAGAUGAACUAAUUCUUGCCCUCGACGACAUCAUGUUACAGUACAUUUCUUUCCUGCAAGAAACCCUUAAAUCACUAAGAGCUGUCUGUGGGGUGGAUAAUGUCAGUGAUCCAAGGAAGGACAUGAUCUUGGAGAAAAAGGAAGGCAGCCAAAACAUACGCAAAAUUGUCUUUGAAGCUUCCUUAAGAGCCACUCUGGCUAGACUGAGCACAAGUUUGUCUCUUUCACUGUUUGGAUCCAGUUUGGACCAAAACCAGUCACAAAUUGCUGCUCAUGAUGGAAAUAAGGAGCCAUACUUGGGUGGAAGGGCUGCUUUGGAUGUGGCAGCUGUCAGGCUUGUUGAUGCUCCUGAGAAGGCUCGGAAACUAUUUAACCUUUUAGAACAGGCACAUGACUUUAGUAUCCCUUCCAAAGAUCCUCGGUUUCAUGCACCUCCACUAGCAUCACAGAGAGUUGCCGCAUUUUCUGACACUGUGAAUGAACUUGUAUACGAUGCGCUCAUAUCUAAAGUACGGCAACGCCUCAGUGGUGUGUCUCGUUUGCCAAUUUGGUCCUCAAUAGAGGAACAGAGUGCAUUCCCUCUUCCAACCUUUAGUGCGUACCCACAAUCCUAUGUAACAAGUGUGGGUGAAUAUCUUUUUACUUUGCCCCAGCAGUUGGAGCCUCUUGCGGAGGGCAUAUCUAACAGUGAUGUUAACAAUGAUGAAGCCCAAUUUUUCGCAACUGAAUGGAUGUUCAAGGUUGCAGAGGGUGCUACUGCUGUUUACAUGGAGCAGUUGCGGGGUAUUCAGCACAUAACUGAUCGUGGAGCACAGCAGCUGUCUGUUGAUAUCGAGUACUUGAGUAAUGUACUUUCUGCUCUAUCAAUGCCGAUUCCUCCUAUCCUUGCAACAUUCCACACAUGCCUCUCAACCCCGAGAAAGCAGCUGAAACAUCUUGUGAAAUCGGAUGCAGGGAACCAGCUUGAUCUUCCCACAGCAAAUCUCGUGUGUAAAAUUCCGCGUAUUAGUUUAGAUUAGAAUUACACAAGAACGUUACUUAUAAAAAAAAUGUGCUCUUUUUGUUUUUUUUUUUUUUUAUAUUAAAAGUAUAGUUUACUUUAAUA